AUGGAGGACGAUUACGAGUCGGUGCUCUUUGUCGCACGAGACGCGCACGUGUACCGCGUGAGUGGGCUAUUCCGCGACGAUGAACGGGCAGCCAGGAACAGAGCCUCACCUGUACACCAAGCACAGGCCUGCUAAUCAACUCCAAUCAACGAUCCUAGAUCCCACCACGAACUUCGACGGAAGGCUAUCGCGCUGCGAACUGGUGAGCACCUUCAUUCACCCGGGAUCCGCCGUCCCUGCCCCCACCUUCAGAGACUCACACGUGCAUCUUGACUCGUUCCGACUAUCACAAUCAGGGGUGACAUGUGAGCUAGAUAUCUUGCACCUUCACCUUCUGGAGACGUCGACCCAGGGUUCACCGACUGAUCCGUGGCCUUCCGAUUCCGAACGCACAGGGGUGCCCCACUCUGGCGAGGUCGACUGCGAGUCGUCGAGAAAGGCUCGGGCACACCUUCAACGUGUGCGAUUCGGUUGGAGGAUGCGGAUUCAGGUCAGUUCCAGACACGUUCUCCUUCAUGUCACUGCUUUAUGAUAUGUACUGACGUCUAGCUGUUGCGAUCGAUCGGGCCUCAUCUCAGGCGAGCUGUUCGCCGUCUGUCCGUACAAACCGACCAAGACGAACACGAACGGUGGAGUCGAGGCCGUGCUCGAUUCAAGUCGGUACUUCGUCCUGACCAUCGUCGAUCAAGUCAGUCCAUGCCCCCCCCCCCCCCCCGGCCCCGAUGAAUGAGAUGACCGACGACGACGAGACUGAUUACCAUCUCGUCUCCUCCUUAGGAUUCGGGUACGCGCGCUUUCCUCGGAAUGGGUUUCCCCGAACGGUCCGAAUCGUUCGACUUUAACGUCGCGCUCCAAGACUGGUCCAAGCGACAAACACCUCCCAAACUUGCCUCCCCGACGACAUCGACAGACACCCCUAGCAACGCGCCUAAAGCACCGAGCAAGGAUUUCAGUCUCAAGGAAGGGGAGGUGUUGAGCAUCAAGUUCGGGGGGCUCAGUACGAAGAAGAAGGCGACAACGAAUGAGAACGGGUUGAGCUUGGGUGGGGGAGGGGGGUUCUUGUUGCCGCCUCCUCCGCCGCCACCGAGUAGGCGGUAG